CGCUGAGCUCCCUCCGGGGGGCGGGGCAGGCGAUAGGGGGAGACGCCCUGACUUAUGACGACCUGUUGAAUCGUCUCGGGGUUGUCGUCGACUGUUUCCAAAGCCUUGGGUGCGGCGCGAACAUCGUCAGUCUCAAAGUCAAGUACCCCCGUCGCCCCCCUGAUGUCCGGAAAUGCAGUCUCCAAACGAGCAGUUCGCCGCCCUGCUCGCACACGACGCCCCUCUGUACAGCGUUCGCCAGCAGCAACUGGAGAAGGAGGAGCUAGACCAGCUUCUCGAAGGAGAGGUGUUCCUUCGGCCGGCGUACGCGGAGGUCGUGCUGGAGCCUCCUGAGGUAGUGAUGGCCGACGAAGCCUUUGCGGUGGUCGUUGCCGUGUUCGCAGAAGAUGGCACCAGAGUCACCAGCCUGGGCAGCAAAGGCUCCCCCUGGAUGCUGACGGCGAGUCUGGAAGGAGGGCCUCCAGGGGCGCGGCUGCAGGGCUCCACCACCGUCCCUUACUCUCAGGGUCAAGCGGUCUUUUUGGACCUUGUGGUGGACACACCCGGAGAAGGUUACGGGCUCAAGUUCAGGGUGACCUCUCCCGAGAAUGCCCCCUCCCUUGAGGUCACUCUCGAGGACACUUUCAGCGUGGAACAUGAUUUCUGACGGACAGCCGUGACGAGCCUUGCAAAGGAGAGAAAAUCUGCGGUUCCCGACCCACAGUUCACUACAAGUGAAAGUCAUGCAUUGAUAGAUGCUAAAAUGCUGAACAAAGUUCUAAUACUGUUCUGUUUUAUGAUUGUUAUUUUGAAUACUGCAAUAUUUUUGUAUUAAACAAUGCUCUUAUGGAUUAAUAAAAUAAUCAAUGUUAAAUUGAGAAAAUAAAAUUUCACCCAGUAUUCAUGUUUUUCUUGAGUAGAGCAAUGCCUUCACGAACAAAACACAUAAUUUAUUCAACUGUUCAACAUAUUAAUGCAUGCAAGAUCAGUCUGUAAAUCCCAAUGAGCUACAAUCAUUAUCAUAAUUACCAGACAUCAAAUAUUUUCUCAGAUUAAACUCAGUGGUACUAAUUAGAUUAUAUCAGCAAUAUGAAAACAUAAAUAUUUA